AUGAACAAAAUCUUUAUAGUGUUCCUUUUUUUGUCCUUUUUUGAGACAUUGUUCUGUAGAAAUAAUAAUCAAGGUGUUAAGAGAGUCAACCCGAAUGAUUUAAGUUCUCCCCAGAAUGUUAUUAUUGCUGUUAAUAAACCUCGAAUGACAAUUGAUGAUACACUUAGUGAGGACUACAUCCAUUUGGGGGGUGCUAAGCAAAAUGAACAACAUUACAUUGCUAAUACAGCGGAGGAGAUCCUACGAAUUAUUUCUGAAAAUAAGAAUAAGCUCCUAGCAGAAAACACUUCAAAACAAUAUGGAUUUAAAACUGAAUCUGAAAUUAUAAAUGCAAAUGAUGAAAAUGUUUUAAAUUUAUUACUAAUUAAUGAUGAAAAAGAGUCAAGAACAAAAGAAAGGAAAUUUAUACCACCAGUUAUACUAGUUUUACCGCAACACUUAAGCAAUCAGGAAUUAUUUUACUAUGAGAAAUACAAGCAUUUGAAGGAAGGUCUUAAGAAUACAAAACAUUUACUAUUAAAAGUUGCCUAUUUUAAAAAAUUGGCAGAAAUUAAAAGCAAAAACAAGAGAGAGGCAGUUAAAGAACUAGUAACAACAUCAAAAAUUAUAGAACAGUGCACCUCCAGAAUUAAUAUUAUUAAAGAAUUGCUUGAAGAAAUAUCUAUUGAUUCAUCCGCAAUUGAAGACGAAAAUACGAAAAAACUUAAAAACGAAAGAGCCUUCUUAAAACAGAAGAAGAAUGUUUUGGUACACUUUAAAAAAUAG